CCGGAGGGAGGUGCUGCUGAAGCACAAUCUACAUCAUAACUGCAUCAUAACUGCAUCAUAACUGCAUGCAUAUUCUCCCCCCAGUUGUUAUGGAUAAGUGUGGAGGAAGAGGUGCUGCAGUGACAGCAGUGAUGAAGCUCUGAAGUCAGCUUUGGAGACGUUUUGGAGACGGAUCAGCUUUGGAGACGUUUUGGAGACGCCAGCAGUACGCACGGUCUGCAGGACUGCUCGGCUCGUUUUCUUAAAGUCUGCAGCCUUUUUUGCAUGUUUUCUUCUUUUUAAGUGCACUUGGAGUAGUUUGCAUUGUGUUUUCUUCUUUCUCUAACAUGGGGGAAAGCGUGCGUAUCGGGCAGAUGUGCUUUGGCUCUGUGGAAGUUUAGCUCAUCUUUGCAUUUGAACCAGGAGGCUUAAAACUCCAGAGAGAGAUGGCCAGCGAGAGGAAACCACGGCUUUGUGUCAUGACAAAAGCUGAGGACGGGUAUGGAUUUCACUUGCACGGUGAGAAAGGGAAGAGUGGACAAUACAUCCGAAAGGUGGAGGCCGGCUCUCCUGCAGAAGCGGCCGGGCUGCGCGCAGGGGACCGGGUGGUGUCAGUGAAUGGAGACAACGUGGAGAAAGAGACACACCACCAGGUGGUACAGAGGAUCAAAGCUUUGGACAACGAGACCAGGUUGCUGGUGGUGGACCAUGAGACACAUGAAAGUCUGCGCAGCCUCCGACUCACAGCCACAGAGGAGAUGGCCGUCGUCGGGGUCGGGGCUCCCUCCUCCUCCUCCCCCCCAGCCUCCCCCUCACCGGCCCCGUCGUCGGUCCCGUCCUCCCCCAGCAAGAAGCGGGAGAACGGCUCGGUGUCCAAGCAGCCGGUCACGCCGAGCAGCCAGGUGCAGAAGCCCACCAGGAGGUCUCCGUCGAAGGCUGCGAAGAAGGAGGCUGUUGCCCAGGCUGAAGUCCAGUCCCAGUCACGGCCCCCAGUCGACCCGUCCGAGCUCGCUCCACGACUUUGCCACCUGAUGCGCUCCGACACGGGCUACGGCUUCAACCUCCACAGCGACCGGUCCAAACCCGGACAGUACAUCCGCUCCCUGGACCCGGGAUCCCCUGCUGACCACGCAGGGCUCCGGCCACAAGACAGGCUGGUGGAGGUAAAUGGUGUGAACAUCGAGGGUAUGCGGCAUGCAGAGGUGGUGGCCUUCAUAAAGAAAGGGGGAGACGAGACCUGGCUGUUGGUGGUGGACCAAGAAACAGACAAACACUUCAAGAGGAGAGGGAUUGUCCCCACAGUCAACCUUCUCAGAGACUAUGACGGUCCGUCCAUGUCAAACGGCUCCCCGAACCCUCAGAUCAACGGCAGCUCCACCACACAGUCCUUCAGGUCCACACACUCCGACCUCAGCAGCCAGGGAAACAGCACACAGCUGGCGGAUGACGGCGGCCAGCUGAUGGACCCGUUCGCUGAGAUGGGCCUGAGUUUGAGCGCUACGGCAGCAGAGGAAAAGGUAAAGGUCCAUUCCAAAGAGAAGAAGAAGGCGCCGCAGAUGGACUGGAUGAAGAAAUACGAGCUGUUCAGCAACUUCUGAGACCACCCCACCACCACCCCCACACCACCCCCUCCAAUGACACUACAAACACCAGAGAAGAACCAAUACCCCCCUUACAACAGAAGAUAUUUUGUUCCUGGAAUUAAAUGUGACAAAAGGAAAAAGUUGAACUAUGAAUAUAACAUUUAACAGCUUCCUUUCCCUCUUCAAAGUACAACAUGAAGAAAGUUCUUUCUGUCUGCAAAAACUGUGAAUAUUUUUGCUAUAAUCAGAAGAGCAUCUUUAAAAGCAUCCCAUACGUGUACUUGUGUCAGGUGCGAGUGUUACAAGCAAGUUUCCACAAAUUUACCUAAAUCCUCACCACUUUUUUCUCCACUUUAACCCUCCUAUUCUCCCUACUUUAAAGACUAAAAUCAAACAAAUGAGGGAGACAGUUAUUUUUAUAUUUAAAAAGUAUAAACAGCUAUUACAAAAACAAGUAUCCCAUCAUCAUCAUGGACUGCAUUGAAGGAGUUUUAUGGACACUGUGACAAUAAUGAUUGUGGACAUUGUGGGAGUUUUGGCCCAUCAGUCAGAGGAAUCCCAAAGUUGGCAGAAGAUCACUGUGAAAGAGUCGAGACCCUCCACCUCCACCUCCACCUCCACCUCCACCUCCAGCCCACGCAGACGUUGGAUAAUAAUCACCCGCAAAGAAAAGGACGGCUGUGUGUUACGUCUCCUAUAUAUAUUUGUACUUUUACACAGAGUUCAUUAACUGAUCAUCAGCCCUGCUUUAUUCAAAGAAUUCAUGUUACUUGUUAUUUAGCACUCCGUCUCAAUAAUGUAUCACCACUAACCUCUUUUACGAAAGUGCUCCAGUGUACAUGUGCAUAACAAAGGAAAGCACCACUAACAAUAAAUGUAUUGACAAAGUGAACAAUAGAAACUGGAACAUAGAAGAAAGGAAGUUUUUUUUCUCAGGACAAAUGACGCGAUGAAAGAGUUUAUCAUUGGAGAACAGCAGAGGGCAAACUUACACCACAAAUAGAAGAGUGACACUUAAACCAAACAGAGAAGAUGUUUUCUGGCUGUUUUUUUCUGGUUGUGUCCGACAACUUCUUAGUUUGGAUCAGUUAAUUCUACUGGUUACCUGGCAACAGCUCAGGGUCAAGAAACAGUGCAAAAUGUACAUGUUUGUUUUUUGUACGGAUUAAACAAACAAGACAACAUGUUAGUUAGUGAGCUUUAGAGGUGCCCGGCUAGCUGUUCCCCCUGUUGUCUAGUCUUCAUGCUAAGCUAAGCCAACCAGCUGCUACAUAUUUACCAAACAGCUAACCGGCUACUCACGUUGGCCUAAAUUCACCACACAGACACGAGAAUGGUGUCAAUCUUCUCAUCUAACUUUCAUACAAAUAAGAGUAUUUCCCCCCAAAAUGCCCUCACAAUUCCUUUAACUAAAUACGGGGCCAGGUUGAGGAAAGAAAGCAUCAGAUAGUAUGUUGGAGUAAAGUGUGGGAGAGGCUUCACAGUGAGGUCAGAGAUGCUCUGGAGGAUCUACUGAAAGAGACGCUGGGAGCCGGGGAGCUUACUGAGGAUUACGACACACACAGGGACAGCUGUCACACACACAGAAGGAGCACAAUGUGUGUGUGUGUGGAGAAGGUAUAAAUGCCCUUAUCCAGUCAGUGUUGAUUAAAUACAUUACAACAAGAGGGACUGCAGGUUGGAGGGUCAUAUAUGUGGACAUCUUGUCUUGGUUUUGUAAACUCACCCAGCCUUCAUUCAUCUCUGUACAUCAGUCUGUUUGUUCUGACAGUCACAGCAGAAAAAACACUCUGUUAACACGUCUGAUGUAUAUACAGUAUAAGAAUACAGUAUAUAUGGCAGGUUGCAUUUUUUCAAUAAAGUGUGACAAUGGCGUUUUUUGGAAUAUAUUAAAUUCUUGCCAUCGUCUCUUAAGCCUUCUCCAGUCCGUCCUCUUGAACAUUUAGUUUUCCAUCCCUCUCCACAAGCUCGUACUUUGUUUUGAACCUCUUUGUCCGACUGAAGCGAUCACAUUUCUCUCACAUUCCUCCUUUUUAUUGGUCUCUUUUAUUAGUUGGGCUACUAAAAUAUCUCCCAUUUGCUCCCGUUUCCUCUCUUUCUCUCCCUCGGUCUCUCUUGCCGAGGAUUAUGCCAGCGUUCAAUUUCAGUUUCAGCCCGUUCUCAGACAAUUCACCACCAGACAGCUGCCGGGAGCUUUGAGGCCACACAAAGGUUAAACAGAGGUCAAAAGUGUGUUGAACCUGUGUGUGUGUCUGUGUUUGUAUUUUUAUUUUUUAUCAUUUCUAUGUGUAUUUAGUCUAAGAAAGAAAUUGGUUGAAGAAGUACUCAGAUGUUUUAAGUAAAAGUGCAAAUAGAAAUCACUCUAUUAAAGUAA